AACCAUCUCUCGUUUUUAGUCGUUUGACAAAAACCACGCAAAACGGCGUAAACUUGGCUAGCCGUGGUUUUUAAUCAAAUGAAGUGAUUUUUAAAGUGUCUCACUUGAUUUCUUAGCCAAAUACAUCAAAUAAGUGUUUUAAACACUUGGUUUUUAUUUUGGAGAACCUUGGAUUUUUCGGUCGGUUUUUGCAUCGGUUGGCUAGGCCGUGGUUAAGGCAAAAACCACAGCCGCAUGUCAUUGUUUUAUCCCGAGACCCAUCAACGUUUGUACCACGAACAACAAAGGCGGCAUUUUUAAACACACUUUUUUCUGCUCAAAUUGCCUUGCUUAAGUCCAUUCUACUAAACUCUUUCAUUUUUUUCAAACACACCACACCACAACCAUGGCCGGAGGAAAGAAGACAAAAGCUUCGAAGAAGAAGGUCACCACCGAGGCUACGAGCUCUGCGCCUCAACCGUUCCCCUACCUGGAUGGCUCGUUUCUUGAGUUUGGGUCGGAGGAUGAACUCAACCGGUUCCUCACGCACUUUGCCAAGCGUCCCAUUUCUCCGCCUAGGGUGCUGCCCGAGUUGUACCCUCAACAAAAAGGGUACCACGACCUCGACAAUCAGCCUCAAGCAUCAGGUCUGUGGUCGUUCGCCUCCUGGAGCCGCUCGAGCUUCAAUCCCGCCUUUGUCCGAGCCUUCUACUCCAAUCUCCGCCGUGACGGGGACACCAUUCGCAGCAGCAUCAAUCUCUACGACAUAGAGAUUGAUUUGCCUACCUUUGCUCGGGUCGCAGGGCUACCCAUCCGCGGUGACGACAUCGCAACCUAUGGUGGCGACGAUUGGAUCCUCAACAACGAGGCGGUCGUCAUUCGUGAGCUUGGGAUCACCAACUUGAUCCGCCACAGCGGCGCACCGACGAUUCACUCNUUCUACUCCAAUCUCCGCCGUGACGGGGACACCAUUCGCAGCAGCAUCAAUCUCUACGACAUAGAGAUUGAUUUGCCUACCUUUGCUCGGGUCGCAGGGCUACCCAUCCGCGGUGACGACAUCGCAACCUAUGGUGGCGACGAUUGGAUCCUCAACAACGAGGCGGUCGUCAUUCGUGAGCUUGGGAUCACCAACUUGAUCCGCCACAGCGGCGCACCGACGAUUCACUCGGCCCCACCGGACAAGCGCCUCCUCCUCUACAUCAUCACCUGGAUUCUCCGCCCCCGGGACAGCAGCCAUACCUUGCUCUUCAACGAGGACUUGAAGGUGAUUCACGCCAUCAUCCACGGCGCCUCCAUCAAUUGGGCGAAAUUUGUGAUGAUCCACAUGGCGGAUUGCGCCUCCAUCGCCACUGAGCGGAGCUUGCCAUACGUCUUCCUCGUCAUGGACCUCAUCAUCUCCGCCGACAUCUCCAUCGCUGGCCCGGAUACGAAGAUGACAAAGAUUUGGAUAAUUCAAGACAGCACCUUCCGGAAGAAGUCCGGAGACCGGUACGACGCAGGCCCGAGUCGUGCACCAGCCCCCGCUCCCGCCAAGGCCUCUUUGCAAUCCAUAGCCGAUACUCUGAAUCGGCUAACCCUCACAGUGGAUGGCAUGGGGCAAUCAAUCGAGCGGAUGGACUGGACGCUGCAACGCCAACACCACGACAUGACGGCGUUCUUCCGCGGCAUCAACUACGUCCCGUCGCCCUUUCACAACACUUUCCUCGGCCAAAACUAUGAAGGCGAGGACGAGGAGGAUGACGACGAGGACUUCGAUGCUUAGACUUUUCUUUUCUCUUCUUACUAUGAUUGCAUUUUUUAUUUCCAUUCCGUUGUAUUCCGCAUUUCCCUUUUUCAUGAAUAAAAGUUUACUUUUACAAUUCUAAAGUUUACUUUUAAUUCUUUUUGUUAAUGUCAAAAGGGGGAAGAUAUUAAGGCCGUGGUUAAGGCAAAAACCACAGGUUUUUGGCUAACCACCCACCCAGCGAUGGGAAGAACAUCCCAUCGAUGGGUAAGUAGCCCCUUAGCCAAACCAACUUCCAGAACCAUGCCAAACAGCGAUGGGAAGCUCUACCCAUCGCUGUUCAAGCCUUGGUCCAACAUUAUCACAAGGCAGAAUGCCCUUACCCAGCGAUGGGAAGCUUUACCCAU